UAUUUAAGAUGCGUUGCAGAACUGGGACAAGGUAGUCAGAUCCUUGACGCUUUCGUAGUACCACAAGGCAAACAGCACCAAACCCAAAACCACCAUGUACAAGUUCCUGUUGAUUGCUGCGCUUCUGCCAGCCGUUGUCUUCGGACAGACCCCGUUCCGUCCGUGCUCAAGCGGAGCUCCCACUCCGGCCUCGCUCAACAUCGUCGGCUGCACGGCCCUACCGUGCACGGUUGUGUCUGGUGAGCCGCUGAUUGCCACCGGUGUUGGCAUUGUGUCCCCGGUCGCUACCCCUACUCUCGAGGCGCAUUUGACUGCUCGUCUGCUCGGACUUGAUGUCGGUUUCGAAAUCCCGGAUGAGCUCCGUGACGCUUGCGCCGUUGGCAUCUCUGGCGCUUCCUGCCCGAUUGCGGCCGGUCAGACCUUCGACUACACUUUGAACCAUUCCAUGGAGCUGCCGCUGGUCGGCAUUACCGUGCAAGUCGAGGUCGGUCUGACUGCCGCUGACGGAACCGCCGUCACCUGCAUCGAAAUCGAUGCCGCCAUUGUUUAA